CCGGCAAAGAAAGAGAUUUGGGAUACAGAUAGACUAACACACACUCAGGCCAUCAAGCACAACCAGCAGAUCCCGCACAACCAUUUCCGCAAGGAUUGGCAGCGCCGCGUGCGCGUGCACUUCGACCAGGCCGGCAAGAAGAAGGCUCGCCGCAACGCUCGCGCUGCUAAGGCUGCCACCGUCGCUCCCCGCCCCGUCGACAAGCUCCGCCCCAUUGUCCGCUGCCCUACCCUUAAGUACAACCGCCGCGUCCGCGCCGGCCGUGGUUUCAGCUUGGCUGAGCUCAAGGCUGCUGGUAUCCCCCGCAAGCUUGCACCCACCAUCGGUAUCUCCGUCGACCCCCGCCGCCAGAACCUUUCCGAGGAGUCUCUUGCCGCCAACGUCGAGCGCCUGAAGGCUUACCGCAGCCGCGUCAUUCUCUUCNCCCGCAACAGCAAGGCCCCCAAGAAGGGUGACGCCUCUGCUGAGGAGGUCAAGGCUGCCAAGGAGAACUUCGUCAAGCAGGCCAACGUUACCUUCCCCAUCGAGAACAAGCCCCAGGUCGUUGAGGGCAAGCUCUCCGACUACCCUGGUGAGGAGAACGCCUACCGCAAGCUCCGUGACGUCCGCAGCGAGGCCCGCCUCGCCGGUACCCGCGAGAAGCGCGCCAAGGCCAAGGCCGAGGAGGCUGCCAACGCUAAGAAAUAA